AUGGCCUUCGGAACGAUCGUCACGUUGGCCCUCCUCCCCGUCCUCAUCUUCGCCCUGUGGCAUCUCACCUCGACGAUGCUCCCGCCCAUGCCUGCCCUCCUCCGCAACAAGCGCAUCAUUCUGCUCAUUGCCCACCCGGACGACGAGUCCAUGUUCUUCUCCCCGGCUCUGCAGGCCCUCACGCACCCCUCUCUCCAAAACCACCUGAAGCUCCUGUGCAUGAGCACGGGCGACAGCGACGGUCUGGGCGAGACGCGGAAACUGGAACUGGAAAAGGCGGCCAUGACACUGGGGCUGAGGCGGAAGGAGGACGUCUUCGUGCUCAACGACGAGCGGUUCAGAGACGGCAUGAAGGAGGACUGGAAGCCUGAGGACAUCGCGCUCGUGCUGGCCAGUGCAUUUGCGCCGCACCUGAACUCGCCGUGCGCGCCAGCGACCCCUGCGACCACCGCCGCAUCGGAUUCGGACAAGGAGAAGGACAAGGACCGACGCAAAUCCAAAGCCACGCCAUUGAAACAUACCAAAUCCUCCUCGCGGUCACCCAUCGCGACCCCGCCAGCAGUUCCGGCGCAAAAGGAGGCGGAGGGGCCCCGCGCCACAAUUGACGUGCUCAUCACCUUCGACAAGGGCGGGAUUUCAGGCCACCCCAACCACAUCGCACUGUACCACGGGGCGGCCUUGUUCCUGCAGAAAAUCAUGAAGGGCCAUUCGGGCUACGCGUGUCCGGUCACGUUGUACACGCUGCCCUCGAUCAACAUUGUCCGCAAAUACUCGUUCGUCCUGGACGCCAUCCCCACACUCCUGAUGGGCAUCUACGAGAGCAUAUUCGGCAACCUGUUCGGGAUGACGAAGGAGAAAGGCAAGACCGCCACGGGGCCCAAAGGCGCCGCGGACCGGGUCAUGUUCGUGAACGACAUCUUCCGGUACUGGAAGGCACGCGAGGCCAUGAUCCACGGCCACAAAUCCCAGAUGGUCUGGUUUCGAUGGGGCUGGAUCGGGUUGGGCAGGUAUAUGGUGGUGAACGAUCUACGGAGGGAGCGAGUCGUUGCCGGCUGA